AAAUGCAAUAUCAGACAAAGCUGUGCACAUUUUCUUUCAUUCUUACACACCUCCCUCCAUUUCUAACUGCAGCGCAAUGGAUUGGAUGGUCAUCAUUCCUUUGUAUCUAUGUACAGUUUUUCAGACAGCAUAUACUUUCAAUGUGGACCCAACUGCUUGGAAGUCCUUCAGCAAUGAUGCCACUGCUUUUGGGUACAGGGUGAUACAGGCAAACACAGAGAGCUUGCUGAUUAGUGCUCCUUUAUACCGCAAACAAGACAGGAAAGGAAUUGUUUACAAUUGUAAGGUUGGGACAUCAACAUGCUCUGAAAUAUCAAUACGAGUUCCCAGCCAUGGAAUAAAUAUGUCUCUUGGACUGUCAAUGUCUAAAGACCAUAAGUCACAAAACACAAUGGUUUGUGGACCCACUAUAUCCAGGCAGUGCGACUCUAUUACCACUUACAAUGGCAUGUGCUUCAAGCUGAAUACACGCCUUGAAGAGAUGGAUGGAUUUGGACAACCUAAAUUACUCAGAGAUUGCCCAGUGCAGGGUGUAGAUGUAGUAUUUUUAAUGGAUGGUUCAGGCAGUGUAGGUUCUUCGGAUUUUGGAAAAAUGAAAACAUUUGUGACAAAAUUGAUUGAAGGGCUUCUUGGACGCAACAGUAAGUUUUCAAUCAUGCAAUAUUCCAGCAGAUUUGAAACAGUUUUUAACUUCAAUAGUUUCAAUUGGAAUUGGAGAAAACAGGUAAAUGAUAUUCGCCAACUAGGAGGAGGUACCCACACUCCAACAGCCAUCUCCAAGGUUGUCCAUGAGCUGUUUAGCUCUGCAAGUGGAUCUCGGCCAAAAGCUCCUAAAAUCUUAUUGGUGAUCACGGAUGGGGAGACUUCUGGAGACUAUACAUCGCUGAGCACUGUCAUUUCUGAUGCUGAGAGCAGAGGAAUCAUUCGAUAUGCUAUUGGGGUGGGAAAUGCUUUUAAUCCCAGUUCACGAGGACUAAGCGAGCUGCAGACUAUCGCCUCAAAACCUACUAGGGACCACCUGUUUAAAGUAGACAACUUUAAUGCACUGGACAAACUCAGGGAUACACUGCAAAAAAAUAUUUUUGCGAUUGAAGGCACCACUGGUGAAUCAUUUCAGAUGGAACUGGCUCAGGAAGGCUUCAGUUCAGCUUUGUUGCCCUCGGGUGAGAUGGUGAUGGGUGCAGUGGGAGCAUUGGACUGGAAAGGAGGUUACCAGAAAUUCCAACCAGCAAAUCAGAGCCCUGAUAUUCUCGGCAGCAAAUAUAUAUCAUCGGACAGUUAUCUUGGCUAUUCUAUGGCUGUUGCUGAGAUGAAAAAUAAAGAGACAUAUAUAAUUUUGGGAGCCCCUAGGUAUCAGCAUGCUGGGCAAGUCAUUGUUUUCUUCCCAGGUACUACCCAGAAAAUAGAGAGCGAACAGAUUGGCUCAUACUUUGGGGCCGAGGUGUGCACGGUAGAUUUGAAUUCAGACUCCAUAACUGAUCUGCUACUCAUAUCUGCCCCAACGUAUUUGGACAAACAGAGAGACAGCGAGGGCAAGGUCUAUAUAUGUACCUUCACAAAGAACACUGUAUCAUGCAGAAAUAUGGCCCUGGUGGGGGAGCAAGGGGUAAAGGGUAAAUUUGGCACAUCACUGGCUGCCAUCUCUGAUCUAAACGGGGAUAAACUUUCUGAGGUAGCAGUGGGGGCGCCCCAGGAAGACAAUGGUCAGGGCACUGUGUACAUCUUCAGUGGUGCGAAAGGAGGGAUCAAGACACCAUACUCCCAGAGAAUUCAGAGUGCAUCUGUGCAGUCAGGGCUUCACUACUUCGGUCAGUCUAUCAGUGGAUCAAUGGAUCAGACUGCAGAUGGACUGAUAGACAUAGCUGUGGGGUCCAAAGGGAAAGUCCUGCUUCUCAGGUCCCGACCAGUGGUGUCAGUGGGCGUUACAAUUUCCUACACGCCAUCCGUAAUCCCUGUUACUGACUGCACCGGAACCACACCCAUCACUGCAAAAGUCUGCUUCUCAAUGCAGAGAGGCACUCAGGACAAAAUAGCAAAGCUGGAAGCACAAGUUGCUUACACAUUCAAACUGGAUUCAACUCGACCUCGCUUUCGUGCCUAUUUUACCUCUACCAAUCAGACUCAGGAGAAAGUCUUCACCCUUACAUUGGGUAGCCAAUGUCAUGAUACUAAAUUUCAAAUUGCUGAGUGCCCAGAGGAUGCCCUGAAUCCCCUGCUCAAUGAAUUAGCGUUCAGGUUUGUCGAGCCAUCUAAGCAGCCCCAUAGUCAAAACCUUUCCCCAAUCCUUGCUUCACCGUCUCAAACCGCAAUAUACCCAUUAGACUUUGAAAGAAACUGCGGGCCAGAUAACAAGUGCAUUGAUGACCUCAAAGUGGGUUUCAAUUUCUCUGGAGCAUCAGUAAUUGAAGUUGGCAUUGCUUCUGGACUGGAAGUGACUGUAUCAGUUGAGAACAGGGGGGAAGAUUCCUACAACUCGCAUGUGAUUUUCACCUACCCGCCAGGGUUGUCAUUCAGGAAGGUUACUGUGGUACAGGACCCAUCCAAGAGAGACAGAGUGCAGUGCAGUGCCGUAGAUAGUGAGGAUGCAACAACUGCGGGAAAGAGUGUCUGCUUCGUGAACAAGCCAGUGUUCAAGACAAAAGCUCGGGUUGUUUUCAUAAUUUUGCUUGGAAUAGAUGGCAGCAGUCAAUUUGACCAAACGGUGACAUUUACUGCCAAUGCCACAAGCGGAAAUGAUCAACACGCGGGCAAUGAAAACUUUCAAGUGAAAAGGAUUAAAGUGAAAUUAAAUAUUUACAUGUUGAUAAAAGGUUUGGAGGAAACAACUAGUUAUAUUAAUUUCACAGCCGGUAAGAAUGAUUUAAAGAGACCUGUACUGCAUUCAUUUGAAAUUGUGAAUUAUAUCAGAGACCUUAAUGCCUCAGCAAUAUUCAAGGUGCCAAUUAAACUUGGAGAAAAAUAUAUCUGGAGUAAUGUCAGCAGUAUUCAGAUUCCAGGUUGCCUUACAAAACAAGAUGAGAAACCUAAUGUGACCAAUUUCAUAGAGAAGCUGAAGAAAGAUCCCACUGUGGACUGCAAAGUGUCAUUAUGUCGAGUGAUAAGGUGCAAUAUGCACUUGCGGAAGGACCAUAAAUACACUUACAACAUCUCUGGUGAGGUUAACUCGGAUUGGAUUGAACAGACAAAACUCACAUCAUUGCAGUUGGACAGUGGAGCUGUUUUGGAUUAUGACCAAGACCAGUUUAUUUAUUUUGGAAGUUCUGGAAACAACCUCCCAUCCACAAAGGUUGGUACUCUUGUAGAAGUGUACACUGAAGCUGACUUUACAAAGGAGAUAACAGGAGGUGCUGUGGGAGGUCUGGUACUGCUCGCUUUGCUUUCAGCUGGGUUAUACAAGGCGGGAUUUUUCAAAAGUCAGUAUAAACAAAUGCUGGAGAAUUCAGGACAAGCAGAUGGGGAGGCAGAUGAAGGUGUGGGGGAAACUGCCCCUGCAGAACCUGAAUAGACCACAGGCCCCUACACAGCUUCACUGCACAACUUUUGGACAGCUGCCAUGAACAUCUAGUUUUAUUCUAGCUUGUGAUAACUGGUUCUCUGACUGAGUAACUAAAGCUUUAUAACGACAAAUGCUUAAUUUUUAGUAACUAAAUGCAUACUGAACAUGUGUGUUUUAGGAAAUUAUGUUUUUAAAGUGUAUACUUAAAAAUAUCAUAAAGUGGAGCAAUUACAAAAUGCAAGAAUUUUGAAUCAAUAUUGCAAUAUUGAAUCAAAAAUGCCAUUAUGAAAAACUAUUUUAAAAUAUAAAAGUAAUGAAGGAUUGGCACUGAUGUUUUUUUAAUUUUUAAAAUUUUGUUUGAAAUGUGGAAAAAAUUUGUUUAAAAGCAAACUACAGAAUGCAAUGGAAAACUGCAAAAUAUAGAUAUGACCAUUUGGUUAAUGUUUCACAUUCCAUAAACAUCUGUAAAUGCUUUAAUGUUGAUGCCCAUGCUUUGCAACACACACAUUUAUUUUGCCAUGUGUACUUAAAGUGCUUUAAGUGUUUCUUUUGAUACUGAUAUGAGCAAGAUCAGGUUAAGAUGUAAAUUCCAGUCUCAGUCAACUACAAACCUACCCUGUAAAAAUAAACUUGAUUUCAGAAAAGACAGUAAGAAACGAACCGUAGGAAAAUAUAAUCUUAAGAUUAUAUGUAAUUGACUGCAUUUAAGUUUAUUAUAUCAAUUUGUUUCUAUUUUCUGCAGUGUAUAUACUGUUUGUUGUACAAUGUAAUAUACAUUAGUUCAGGCUGUUACUGUAUCGGCGUGUGGAUAUCAGUUCAUGACCCAGUUUUACUCUGCAACUCUGCCUUCCCAAACUACUGUACUGAAACACCAUUCACUUAUAUUUGUAUUAAAAGCUGCUUUGAGUAUA